CAGAGAUCUCACUUUCUCUUCCGGUUUGGCGCUGCUUGGCCACCUCGUUCCCUUUGGCCUUUGGCCUGCAACUCUCAACUCCCUUCUCUCACCUCACAAUAAAGGCAGAGGAAGCAGCCAACACAAAUCACAGACCACCAUGGGCCACUCAAGCGCUACCAGCACUGCAACUCCACCAGAGCACUUUGUGUGUCCCUUGACAUUGGAGGUAAUGGAAGAUCCUGUGCGACACACGGCAACCGGUCACUCGUUCGAGCGCAAAGCAAUCCUCAAGUGGUUCUGGUCGGGCCAUGCAUCUUGUCCAUUGACACGGCUGCCACUGCAUCCAAGCGAAUUGGUGUCGAAUGAUGCGCUCAGUCAAGAAAUUGAAGUCUGGAGGCAGCUCACACGAAUUGUCAAGAGACGCUCCUCCCGAGAGUCGUCAUCGUCAUCCAAGCGGGACGAAAACCAUGACCAACAAGCCAACGUGGAUCGGUUGCUGUCCAUGAGAAAUCGAGUGUUGGAACGCAGAGCUCAAAAGAUGCAAGCGCACAUGUCUUUGUUGAAACGAGGAUGAGAUGUGAAGAAGCCCGGCGUCGCUACUGCCAAGCAACUGGCAAUCAACAAAUACAAAAUGAUUGGCCGCCGAAGCUACCGUAUGGGCAGACAAGAAUCAAGAAUUGCUUUGAACGAGUACUCUGCUCCAUACCUCGUCAAGAAUGCCAAGGGCUGAGUUUGGCAGUGACUCGACUCGAAGGCGGCACCUGUGUGGUGGAGCACACAGGGAGCACACAGCAACAAACGUUUCCAGCCAGAACAAGAGUUCAAGCCGCCCAAGGAGCCAUAAAGUUUAUCGGUCGCCGGUCACCCGUCACAGGAAAGGGGCACUCAAGAAUGCUUUCUUUAGUGCUAACCAAGCGGGGAAGCAAUAGUACUGAAUUUUUUGCGAUAAUGAUUUAUCUAGCUAGAGUACAGUAGCACAUACCCUUCCAUCAUUUGUUGCUGACGGUUGUAGGCGUCGUUCAUGCUGAA